AUGAGGCUCUGGGCGAUCGGCACCCUCCUGUUGCUGUGCGGCGUCCCAGCCUGGGCAAAAGACAGGCAUUACUACAUUGGGAUCGUCGAAACGACUUGGAACUACGCCCCUGACAACGGGGAAAAGAAACUAAUUUCAGCUGACACGGAACAAUCCAAUCUCUAUCUUCAAAGUGGCCCAAACAGAAUUGGAAGAAUAUACAAGAAGGCCCUGUACCUUCAGUACACGGACGGAAACUUUAGGACGACCAUAGACAAGCCGGAGUGGCUGGGGUUUUUAGGCCCUAUCAUCAAGGCCGAGGUUGGAGAUAAAGUUCAUGUACACUUACAGAACUCCGCCUCUCGGCCCUACACUUUUCACGCACAUGGAUUGACUUACUAUAAGGAGCAUGAGGGGGCUAUCUACCCCGACAACACCACCGGCCCUCAGAGGACAGACGACACAGUGCUUCCCGGGCAGCAGUACACGUACGUGCUGUACACCAACGAGGAGCAGAGUCCUGCAGAGGGGGACAGCCAUUGUGUGACCAGGAUUUACCACUCUCACAUCGACGCCCCGAAAGACAUCGCCUCAGGACUCAUCGGACCUUUAAUCCUCUGCAAGAAAGAUUCCCUGCAUAAGGAGAAACAAAAGCACGUGGACCAGGAAUUUGUAGCCAUGUUCUCUGUGGUGGAUGAAAAUCUCAGUUGGUACCUGGAGGACAACAUUGAAACCUACUGCUCUGAGCCGGACACAGUUGACCGGGACAGCGAAGACUUCCAGGAGAGUAACAGGAUGCACUCUGUGAAUGGGUACACGUUCGGAAGUCUCCCAGGACUGUCCAUGUGUGCAGAGGACAGAGUGCAAUGGCACCUCUUCGGCAUGGGUAACGAGGUUGAUGUGCACUCGGCCUUCUUUCGAGGUCAAGCUCUGACCAACAAGAACCACCGCACGGACACGAUCAACCUCUUCCCCGCCACCCUGACCGAGGCCUUUAUGGUGGCCCAGAACCCCGGGGUCUGGAUGCUUAGCUGCCAAAACCUGAACCAUCUACAAGCUGGUCUGCAAGCCUUUUUCCAGGUUCGGGACUGUGGCAAGUCCUCAUCGGAGGGCAAUGUCCAGGGGGCACAAGUUAGACACUUUUACAUUGCUGCUGAGGAAGUCAUCUGGAACUACGCUCCCUCGGGUAUAGACGUCUUCACCAGAGAAAACUUAACAGCUCCUGGGAGUGAGUCAGCGGUGUUUUUUGAACAAGGCCCGACAAGGAUUGGCGGCUCCUACAAAAAGCUGGUUUACCGGGAGUACACAGAUGCAUCCUUCACACAGCGGAAGGAGAGAGGCCCAGCAGAGGAGCAUUUUGGCCUCCUGGGUCCCCUCAUCUAUGCAGAGGUGGGAGACACCAUCCGAGUCACCUUUCAUAACAAGGUACAACACCCCCUCAGCAUUGAGCCCACGGGGGUGAGAGUCAGCAAGGACCACGAGGGCACGCACUAUGCGCCCCAUGGCAGCCCCUCGGACGGAGGUGUGCCUCCUCACCCAGCCUCCCAUGUGGCACCCAAGGAAACCUUUACCUAUGAAUGGACUGUCCCCAAAGAAGUGGGACCCACUUAUGCGGACCCCGUGUGCCUGGCUAGGAUGUAUUAUUCUGCCGUGCAUCCCACCAAAGACAUAUUCACUGGGCUCAUCGGGCCAGUGAAAAUCUGCAAGAAAGGAAGUUUACUUGCAGACGGAAGGCAGAAAGAUGUGGACAAGGAGUUCUUCUUGUUCCCCACGGUCUUUGAUGAGAAUGAGAGUUUGCUCCUGGAUGACAACAUUCUGACGUUCACAACCGCACCUGAGCAGGUGGACAAGGAAGACGAGGGGUUUCAAGAAUCUAAUAAGAUGCACUCCAUGAAUGGAUUCAUGUAUGGCAACCAGCCUGGCCUCAACAUGUGCCAAGGAGCCAUGGUGGUGUGGUACUUGUUCAGUGCUGGAAACGAGGCUGACGUGCAUGGGAUAUACUUUUCUGGAAACACGUACCUGUCGAAAGGAGAAAGAAGAGACACAGCAAACCUCUUCCCCCACACGAGCCUCACGCUGCUCAUGCAGCCCGACUCGGAAGGGACUUUUGAUGUCGAGUGUCUUACCACGGAUCACUACACAGGCGGCAUGAGGCAGAAGUACACUGUGAGCCAGGGCAGGCGGCUCUCGGAGGGCUCCCCGCAGUACCUGGGAGAAAGGACCUACUACCUGGGGGCCGAGGAGGUGGAAUGGGAUUACGCCCCGAGCCGGCGGUGGGAGGAGGAGCUGCACCAGCUGCAGGCCCAAAAUGUUUCAAAUGUGUUCUUGGACAAGGGAGAGUUUUUCAUAGGCUCAAAGUACAAGAAGGUUGUGUACCGGCAGUACACCGACAGCACGUUCCAAGUCCUGGUGGACAGGGAAGCAGAGGAGCACCUGGGGAUUCUGGGUCAACCAAUUCACGCAAAUGUUGGAGAUAAAGUUAAAAUCAUCUUUAAAAACAAGGCAACAAGGCCUUAUUCAAUACACGCCCACGGGGUGAAGACGGAGAGUCCCACUGUUGCUCCAACACUACCAGGUGAAGUUCGCACUUACGUAUGGCAAAUCCCAGAAAGGUCUGGUGCUGGAUUGGAGGACUCGGCCUGUAUUCCCUGGGUGUACUAUUCAACUGUGGACCAAGUGAAGGAUCUUUACAGUGGACUGAUCGGCCCGCUGAUUGUCUGCCGGAAAUAUUACAUGAAAGUGUUCAAUCCGAUAAAAAGACUGGAGUUUUUCCUUCUGUUUCUUGUAUUUGAUGAGAAUGAAUCUUGGUAUUUGGAUGACAACAUUAAAACAUACUCUGCUCACCCUGAGCGAGUCGACAAAGACAAUGAAGAAUUCAUAGAAAGCAACAAAAUGCAUGCCAUCAACGGGAGAAUGUUUGGAAACCUGCAGGGCCUCACCAUGCACGUGGGGGAUGAGGUCAACUGGUAUCUGAUGGGCAUGGGCAAUGAAAUAGACCUGCACACAGUGCAUUUUCACGGCCACAGCUUCCGGUACAAGCACAGGGGACUUUAUAGCUCGGAUGUCUUUGACAUUUUCCCUGGGACAUACCAAACCCUAGAGAUGUCUCCAAAAACACCUGGAAUCUGGCUACUCCACUGUCACGUGACUGACCACGUCCAUGCUGGGAUGGAAACCACCUACACCGUGCUACCAAACAAAGCAUCUUCUUGGACCUACAGGAGGCCAUGGAGCUUUAACUACUCAAUCUCACUCAGUGUGAUUAUUUUAUUCCAAAUAUCUACCAAGGAAUGGCCAGGAAGAUAAGGUUGGUGUCUUUUCUUCCUGCAAGUGUAAAAAUUAUUCAUCUGAAUCACUUCCUGGCAGUUAAGAUCAAAGAUGAAAUGGGUGACAGUCUCCCACUCACAGGAUCUCCCAACCUGGAAGUCCACGAAUCAGUCCUUGAUUGAGUGGGAUAAGGUGGGGUGGGCAGGAGCCAAGUGGCGGUGCCAAACCAUGGCAAAAACAAUAGUCAAAACUUGGUACAAAAUGGGUUACUCGUUAACUUUCACCUGGCUUUACCCAUAAAAGUAAGCACAAUAGUUACAACACACCAAUCAGUAUGCUACCACUGGGUUAGAAAGGGCCCGAUCUCAGGAGGCAGAGAUCAGGAGGAUCAUGGUUCCAAGUCAGCCUUGGCAAACAGAUGGCAAGACGCUGUCUAGGAAAAUUCCCAACACAAAACAGGGCUGGUAGAGUGCUUGCUUAGCAAGCGUGAGACCUUGAGUUCAAAUCCAGUACUGCCAAAAGAAAAAGGAAGUACUUUUAAAUGGGCCUCAA